CAGACGCCUACUCAACGGUUGCUUCUUGUGGCGGUGGCGGCGAAGGUCCAGGCGAUGUACGUGUUCGGCCACUCAACGGCCGACGUGAGGAACAACGACUACUUGCCGUGGACCAUCGCCAGGGCCAACUUACCUCAACGGCGUCGACUUCCCCGGCGGCAAGCCCAUCGGGGUCGACUUCUUGGAUUGAGCGCUGACAGAGCGGCAGCCUUGCUGUCGAAAUCCCUUUUCCUCAUAAGUGCAGGUGGGAAUGACACCUUCGACUUCUUCUCACAGAACAGAUCACCAGACUCCACCGCAAUUCAGCAAUGCUCAGAAGCUGUGAUCUCGACAUAUGAUAGCCAUGUCAAAUUGGCCAAGAGCCUCAACGAUGGAAUCAGGGACCUGUUCAGCAACCUCAGCUCUGAAAUGCAGGGCAUGAAGUACUUUAUUGCCAGUUCCUAUGAGCUUGUCUCUAGUCUGAUUGAAAACCCACAGGCCGCUGGGUUGCUAAGGAAGAAUGCCAAGGAAGGGUGCACCCCUAACUCCAGCUGCUGCAGUGACCGCAACAAGUACCUCUUAUGGGACCUCCUGCACCCUACCCAGGCUACUUCCAAGUUUGCAGGCCUUGCCUUCUAUGACGAACCGGCACAGUUUGUCAGUCCCAUAACUUUCAAGCAGCUAGUUGAGGCAUAA